ACCGGAGAAGGCAUUCUCUCUUAGUAACCGGCCCGCUGAUGAUCGAACGUUAAGGUCGCGUUAAGUACAAAAGCCGCGUCGACUGGUUGUCCGAGUGGCGUCGACGAAGAAGAGUCCAGGAAAUAACCGGAAUAACCGGAAAGAAAGCACCGAGUGAGGAGAAAGACAACCAAGGGGGACAAGAAGAGAAAUAGGAACAAUUAACGAGUGCGUUGCCUUCAAAGAAGAACUGCCGAGUGGAGCCAGUGUUCGGUUGAAGAAAGGAAAAACGGAGCGUGUAUAUGUAUAUGCACGAGUGAAAGGGAGCCAGAAUUGUUGUAUUUCGACAGUCGUUGGCAGUACAAGCCGCGACGUAAAAGUGUUAGCGCUCGCUGAAAUUACUCGUUGCUGGAGACAAACAGAAACCCAGGCGGAAUCGAGUGAAAAGAUUUUUGCUAGUCGCACGAAGCAAGGAGUCACAAUUUCCGCGGACAUUUGAAAAUGGGUACUUUGCAGCAGCAAUCGAUUUUAAAAGGUCAGACGGAAAGGAACCGGGAGAAAGAUUUAGUGCAUGAAUUAUUCAGUCGUGCGGCAAAGGCCCUUCCAAGUCAAACCGCGAUAUAUUACGAAGAUGACGCCGGCCGGGAAUACGAAUUGUCUUUCAAAGAACUGGACGACAUCACGAAUCAGUUGGCGCGAGCUUUACGAAAGUACGAGAAGAUUGAAGCAACUUCUCAGUCAUUAAUAGCUGUCUGCAUGAAGCCGACGCAUCGGCUCCCAACUGUAUUACUUGCUAUACUGAAAGCGGGAAUGGCGUAUCUGCCAUUGGACGCGGAAUUUCCGAUGUCUAGAGUGAAACACAUUCUCGAGGAAGCGCAGCCAUUACUGGUAAUGGUCGAAGAAGGAGCGGAUUUGUCAAUUUACGACGGGGCCUCGGCGGUAACGUACGAACAACUUUUAGAAGAGGCUAAACAGGAACAAAGAGGUGCAUUGCAAACUAAGGAAGGUUCGAAUCAACUUGCUAUUGUUCUUUACACUUCCGGAAGUACAGGAGUUCCCAAAGGGGUCCUCAUACCGCACGCUACUCUACUGAAUCGUCUACAAUGGCAGUGGAGGGAACUCCCGUACGCCGAUGAUGAGAAACGAUGUGUUUUCAAAACCUCCCUCACUUUCGUCGAUAGCGUUCCCGAAAUUUGGGGGCCUCUUUUGCAAAGUCGUGCCCUAGUCAUUGUCCCGAAAAGCGUGACUAAAGACCCGGAGAAGUUUAUACCGCUCUUAGAAAAACAUCAGAUACAACGUUUAGUCCUUGUGCCAUCGUUGCUGCAUUCAUUGCUCAUGUAUCUAGGCUUGCGAGAUAACGACAGCGUACUCGAUCGCUUGAAACUCUGGAUCUGCUCCGGGGAGACUUUGUCGGUCGCGCUGGCCGACCAAUUUCUCGCCACGUUCGACAACAAGGGCAAGAUAUUGGCUAAUUUCUACGGUAGCACGGAAGUCAUGGGCGACGUUACGUAUUACCUAUUAAGCAAACGGGCGCAAUUGCAGGGGAUGGAGAAAGUGCCAAUCGGAAAGCCGGUCGACAACUGCAUAAUUUAUCUCGUGAAUAAGGACAUGCGAUUGAUCCCCCAAGGAGAAGUCGGAGAGCUGAUCGUGGCCGGAAGGAACCUCGCCGCGGGUUAUAUACGCGGACGAGACGCACGUAAAUUUUUGGACAAUCCUCACGCCAUUGAUCCAGAAUAUUCGAGGAUCUUCCGCACGGGCGACUACGCUAAAAUUGUCAAAGGGUCGAUAAUUUUCGAAGGACGAGUGGAUUCGCAGAUAAAAAUUAGGGGCCACCGAGUCGACCUCACGGAAGUCGAAAAGGUGGUCGCCAGGAUACCCAAUAUUGACAAGGUCGUCGUACUGUGUCACAAACCCGGCGAACUGUCGCAGGCAUUAAUAGCUUUCGUUACCAUCGCGAAUGGCUCGAUCCUACCGAGCUUGGAAAUAGAAAAUUUUCUUCAGAGGACACUACCGCUGUAUAUGUUGCCACAAAUUUUUAUUGUCGACCACAUACCACUUCUAACCAAUGGAAAAACAGAUCGACAGACAUUGCUGAGGAAAUACGAAUCGUCUUGCUCUAAUGACGGUAUGUGAAAUUAUUGAUUUUAAAUCAUUCCAUCAAGUGAAAUGACACGUACACAUCGCGACACCACUUUGAGACAUUAAGUAACACGUUGAAAUAUUAAUUACUUUAUUAGUUU